AUGCUGCGCCACGUGCUGUGCGUGCUGGCCCUCGCGCUGUACUGCUGCGCGUCUCUGUGCGUGGCUACUGCUGCUGGUAAUGGCGGUGGUGCAGGAGAUUUACUUUCGCAAGGUAAUGAGGGGCAAGUGAACGGCGCAGGAGCUUUGGCUGUGGAGGCGGCGAAGGACGCUGCAGCGGAGGCGAAGAAGGCCACAGCGGCGGCGAUCGCACUUGAUGCACAGAUGAAGGAGGUGCUAGAGUUAUUGGAGGCUGCAAUUAAAGCCGCAAGCGUGGUCGGUGAAACAGCUGUGCAAGAAGCAGUGCAGGCGGCAAAAGCGACAGUGGACCUAACCGAAUCGGCGAUUCCCAAGAUACCUGCGAUUAUGAAAAUGAAAAAUCUCAUGAAUGCUUCGCUGGGUGCGAGGUGGCAACUCGUGCUGUUGGCGAAUGAGGCCAAAAAAGUCAGCAACGCCAGCUUGGCCGCCUUGGCUGCCACUGCAGCGGCAACGAAGGCGAAGGAGUCGGCGAAGAAGGCGAACGCUGCAGGAACAGGAUUCGGAAGGGCGGCUGCAAAGGCUGAUACUGCAGAGAAAUUGUUUGCCGAGGCAGCAAAGAAGGCGACCAGCAUAAUGGACACCGCAAAGAGCGCUGUGACUGGCAUCAAGGAGGUGGUUGUGAGUGUUCGAAGUACGUAUUUCGCUGUCUUGUUUGUGCCAGCAGAUGUGGUUUCAGCUGUCCCCGCUACAACGGAAAGCGCAAGUGUAGAGGCGAAAAUUAAGGAGGCAGUGGAGAAGUUGAAGGAGGCAGUGGACAAGUUGAAGGAGGCAGAGAAGACAAUGAAGGAGGCACAGAAGGUUGUUGUGACGGUAGUGAGCGAAGUUAAAACAGCAACGGAGAAUGCGGCGGACGCGGCGAAGGCGGCUGAAGACGCGCUGAGCCCGCACACAGAAGAGAAGCCAACUAAGGAUGGUCCCAGGAAGGAAGACGAAAACGUUGUGCAGCCAGAAUCUAUUGAUGCGAGAGAGACAGCAGCGGGAUCAACGAGCAGUGAUGCCCUUCCUCCCUCAGCAGCGGAAUCAACGAGCAGUGGUGCCCUUCCUACCGCAGCUGAGGAUGUUGUGCAUGCAGCGGAGCCCACAAACACUGCCGAUCCCGGCACGUCUACAGUUCCCCCAACAACAACAACUGAUGUGACUGAUGUGACUGCUCCUCUGGGUGCCGAUCCCGCUACGUCUAUAGUUCCCUCCACAACAACAACCGAUGUAACCACUCCUCUGGGGACUGGGGCUGGCAAGGCGGACGGCAGCACAUAUGCACGGCUGUGUGCACCACUGCUGCUGGUCAUGGGAGCGGUGACCCUUGCGGCUGUGUGCUGA